AUGGUGUCUCUCAUGGUGUCUGUCGCUGGUCUCUCUCAGGACCAUCUGGGGGUUCUGAACGAGGAGCCCGUGGACCUGCAGUUUAACCAGUCUGGAUACCUGUUCUUGGCCAAUGAAGACGUGGCUCACAUCAUGGAGGAGAACUACAAGACCCAGAGAUAUGCAGGAGCCAAAGUGUCUCUUCUCUCUCCGUCUCAAGUCAAAGAGAAGUUCCCCUGGAUCAACACUGAGGGCGUGGCCCUGGCUUCAUACGUGCAGGGAAAGACAAACACGCAUAAACAGGAGAAAGCACACACCACUGCGACGCUAAUGGAGCUUGAAGCGGCUCACAGCCCUGGCCUCAGUAAAAAGAAAGUCCUCGAGGAAUGA